AUGACGUAUAUAUAUACCUACCAUAACGCAGGGUUUUUCCAGAUCACUGGCCAUGGCAUUAGCAAGGAUCUUCAACAGACUAAAAAGGCCCUAGAUGCUCACUCAAAUCAGGGCCUUAGAGGCUACGAUGUACUGGCCUCGCAGUCUUACGAAGAUGGUGUCCUGCCUGACUUCAAAGAAGGGUUCUAUAUGGGGGUUGUCCUGCCAACGGAUGACCCACGUGUUCAGACUCGGUUCCUAAUGGGAAGCAAUGUCUGGCCGGAUGCGUCCUUGCUUCCCCCUGCUGAGGAGUACCAUGCCGCGUUGAUGAAGCUCUCUAUCAGUCUCUUGAAACUCGCUGAGCACACGCCCCCGUAUAGACCAAAGAUCUUUGAUGAAUUUAUCACCAACGAUCCCAUCACGCCGAUGUGCAUGCUACAUUACCCGCCUGCGCCCCCGGAGAAUGAGAGAAACGGGAAGACCCAAUAUGGUACCAGCGUGCAUACCGACUUUGGCGCCAUUACCCUGCUGCUUCAGGAGAAGGGUCCUUGGUUGGAAAUCCUCGACUCUAGAACUGGCGAGUGGAAGCCCGUUCCGCCGAAUCCAGGCGUGUACGUUGUCAACAUUGGCGACAUGCUCAGUUUCUGGACCAAAAACAAGUAUAAGAGCAGUGUGCACCGCGUCAUCAAUCGCGAGCCAGGAGACCGAUAUAGUAUCGUGUUCUUUUUUGAUGGAAAUGGUGAUGCAAAAUUGUCUCCGCUGGAUGGGUUGGAGGAGGACAAUCCGCUUACCGUGGAGCAGCAUAUGAUUCGUAGGGUCACGACGAGCUAUGGCAAGAAGUGA